CCGGCCCGCGGAGCCUCCGGGGCGGUCCCUGUCGCGCCCGCCCCUCUCCACGCCCCCAGCCCUCCUCCCGGCCUCCGCCGCAGUCCCCGGCCGCCGGCGGCCUGCCCGCGUCCCGUCUCCCCCUGCCCGGCGCCCAGCGCAGCCCGCCAGCCCGCGCGCCCAGGAGCGGGGCCACCGCGCACCCACGGGACACGCGCCGCAGCGGGACCGGCCCCCUCGCGCCCCCGGCCCCGCGCCGGCCGCGCUCCCCUCCCCCAGCCGGUGUCACCGGGCCCAGGGCGGCGCGUCCAGCCCCGGGCGCGCUGGGGGUCCCCGCGGAGGGGCCGGCCCAGCCAAGGCGCGACGAUGGAGGAGCCGCAGCGCGCCCGCUCGCACACCGUCACCACCACCGCCAGCUCCUUCGCCGAGAACUUCUCCACCAGCAGCAGCAGCUUCGCCUACGACCGGGAGUUCCUCCGCACCCUGCCCGGGCUCCUCAUCGUGGCCGAGAUCAUUCUGGGACUGCUGGUAUGGACACUUAUCGCUGGAACUGAGUACUUCCGGGUCCCUGCAUUUGGCUGGGUCAUGUUUGUAGCUGUAUUUUACUGGGUCCUCACCGUCUUCUUCCUCAUCAUCUACAUAACAAUGACCUACACCAGGAUUCCCCAGGUGCCCUGGACAACAGUGGGUCUCUGCUUUAAUGGCAGUGCCUUCGUCUUGUACCUCUCGGCCGCUGUUGUGGAUGCAUCUUCUGUCUCCCCGGAAAGGGAGGGUCACAACUUCAACAGCUGGGCAGCCUCGUCGUUCUUCGCCUUCCUGGUCACCAUCUGCUACGCUGGAAACACAUAUUUCAGUUUUAUAGCUUGGAGAUCCAGGACCAUACAGUGAUUUGCCAUUUUGAGAAUUCAAAGGGGU